GCACGCGGUGUUUGCCUCAGCGAGUUAUAAGACGAAUAAUUUGCUUGUAUAUUUAUGGAGAUAAGCAUAUUUGAGUUUUUGAAGUGGGAUCAUUAAGUUUAAAAUAGAGAAACUGUCAAUGAUGCAAUUAUGACUGCAUCUAUAGAUGUCGCUACGGUGCGAGUUCAGGCGUACCUUAAUCUUCCUCUUGUGAAUCGAUGCAGAGAACUCGCUAUACUAAUAGAACAAUCAAGCACAACUGAACUUCAACACGUCUUUCCAGUUUUGAUAGAUUCUUUAUUUGGAGUAGCAGACAAUGUUGGUUGGGGUCUACACUCUAUCAACUUAAAGAGGAAUCCGCAAGAAUAUGAGGCACUCUGUAAUUUCCUUGGUCCAUUGGGACCCAUAUUUUCUCUCUGUUAUAAAUUACUUCCAGAUUGCUUUUUAAAGUACAACUUCGCAGUGUCCUACUUACCAGCGAAAAUACGUUCCAUGCUGGAAGAAGGCAUAAUCCCUCCUUUUUAUUCAGACAAGAUCAGGGAUGAACAAAAUGCACGUCUUCCAUCGGCACUGGCUAUGAAUCCCUUUGAGUAUUAUAUUUUCCAUUUUGCCUAUCACUUAACAAAUGCCUGGCUACAACAACCGCAACAAGAAAAUGUUUGGGCCAAUUGGGAAACAAUCUAUGUUCAAUUGGCACACAAUUAUCUCUAUCAUUUUUUGCCUAGAGAUAAUUCCCCUGUUUUGCCUAUAAUUGGUCCCUAUGUGAAGAAGACCCCCCCAAGGAAGUUAAUGCAGUCGCCAGAAUCAAAAAGAUUACAGACAACACGGUUAUUAAGAACUUCAAUACUAUCUCCAGGUUCAACCAGUCCGACAUCUGGAGUACCGCAACAACAAUGCUUACCUCAAGUUUGGAGAAGCGAAACUGUAGUACAAGUUUUUCUGGAUUUUUGGUUGGAAUAUACAGAGGAAGAACAAUUUUCCCCAAAUCUAGUCACAGCUUCUGCGAGUUCCUUACCGCGUAAACACAGUAUUCAUUCUGGGGAACACAUUCGGCUUGUUCGAGCAUUUAUAAAGACAUUACAUGAAUUCGCAAAUAGCGCAACAGGAGAUAGAAGUGCAAUGGACGAAUUGAAAAGAGUAAUACUCCCGUCUGUGCAAGGCAAAAUCUACCUUUUUUUGAAAAAAGCCAUUCAUCAUUGGCCUCUUGACAGUUCAUUUAGAUUGAUCUUGGAAGCUUGGUUAAGCUUUAUUCAACCUUGGAGAUACAUGCCAGGAGUUGGAUAUAUUGAAGAAGGAAAACUUGAAGAAGAAGAAAAAGGAAAGAUAUAUGAUUCUGCCAAAUGGGUGUCCUUUGUUGCAAAUAAUCUAUUAGCAUACACAGCCAUAUUUCAGCAACUUUUGCCUCGAUUCAUGAGAAUAGAUUUAGUGGCACCUAAAAAUGCAUUGAUGCUUUUUAGGGUUACGAAGGUGUUUUCACAAUCGUGCUUGACAGAAAUUUUAUCAGAGGUUGAAAGUUGUAUGGACGACGUCGCCCUGAGUCGUGGUAGACUAUCAAGUAAUCAGUGGACCGCAAUAGUGCGACAACAAAUCCUCGAGCUUGAAGGCCCUUUGUAUCAAUACAUUCCCAUAUUUUCAGUGACAAUGAAAAAUCAAGUACUCUCAUUUCUCUAUACAGUACGACAAGCACAGUUGACAGCGAUUAGUUUGCUUGAAGCUUUAGAAAAACGAAGAAGUGGUAGAAAGCUACUUCUGUCUAUUUGGAGGUUCUUCAAUGGUGAAGACUAUUCUUCUGACGAUGUAAGCUUAGAAGAGAGACGGAGGGUCCCUGCAUUUUUGUCCUUCGCACAGGAACGUCUGAUCUAUAUAUUCAGAAUGGAGGAGGAGGAAUUUCUUCCAGCAAAUGUAGUCGCUGAUCAAGAGUACCAUGAUACUAUACUUUCGACUUCAUUUUGUCAUCAAUCUCAGGUGGAUUCAAAUCUAGAUUCUAGCAGACCUGGUGUUUUUGUUCCGAUUCAAGAUGGAAAACAAAACUGUCGAUAUGUCGAGUACCUGGGUGAUCCAGAAUUGCAACCAGUACGCAGUAAUGAAAUUGCUUUCUUGGUUAGAGUUCUGUACCAAUUAUGCAACUAUUUAAAUAAAAAGUAUCAGAACGAAUUGGUUACUGCCUAUAGCAGAAAUGACUUUCUGGGAAGACUCGCUCGUCAAGUUAUCAAGCCACCAACGACAGUCGUUAGCUUACCAAAACGAGGUCCGAAUGGUUUUACAUCGGGCUGUGAAACUCGCAUCGCUCCUAGACUCAGUUUCCGCGUUAUAGCGACUUACCAUUUUUUAGGAAGCAUUUUACUUGGAGUACUUUUUUUUUCGAUUGUUGGUUACGGAACGACGCUUUUCUUUGGAUUCUUCUUUUUCUCGUGGCUAGUGUAUAUAUUGGCUCACGCAACGUGCGAACCUUGGCUUAGAUUGGAUAAUACUGCAACAAGACGAUCUCCUUACCCUCUUUCGAGAAAUUAAAAGUUUUUGAUUGAACAGAUGAUAUGCCUUAUUUUUUAAGUGAUGCUUACAACAGAACUCAUGAUGCAAUGAAAACUAAUUUUGCUAAUAAAAGACCUUCGAACCUCGAAA